UUGUUCCAACGUACUCCCGCUUCCAUCUAAUCGCUUCUCCACCGGAGCUGCUUUAGGGCGACGGCGAGAUCGAUUCGACGGGAAGCCAGCCAUGGGAGGGGGGUCCAUCCGCGCGGCGGCGAAGGCCGCCAUGAUCGGGGGCUACCGCUCCGCCUCGGCCGUGCGCCGCGCCGUCCUCCCGGCCUCCCCGGCGCCCCAGACAGCCCCAUCGGCGGCGGGCGAGGGCCGCAAGGCGGCGUCCACCUACGCGGCGAUCGACGACUGGGUCAUCCCGGACCGCGAGGUGUUCGGCCCCGUGCCCACCCACGAGGAGGCCAUGGCCGCCACCCUCGACCUCAAGGAGUCCUUCCAGUUUGCUAAGUCUGCUCAAUUGGAGCCUCUCCCCUCUGGUGACCUUGAUGUCCCUACAAAGGUGGGUCAGGAGGGUCUUGUUCACUCAGAAACACCUCAGGAUCUUGUUCAUUCAGAAACACAGGGUCUUGUUGAUUUAGGAGCAUCCCAGGAUCUUGUUCAUUCGGAAACAUCUCAGGGUCUUGUUCAUUCGGAAUCAUCUCAGGGUCUUAUUCAUUCAAAAACUUCUGAGCAUGAGGAUAACCAUGAAAUUUCACUUGUUUCCUCUGGAGCCCCUGGACGCGUUGUGCAAGCGUUCACAAUGCUACAGGAUAGCCCUGAAGCACAGGAAGUUGUUGCCUCACUUGCUUCUGAUCAGAAUGUUUGGAACGCUGUAAUGAGGAAUGAAAAGGUUAUGAAGUUUUACAAGACCUAUGCGACGAAGCUUAACGAAGAUGAGGUCGAAGGCAGUGAGUCAGACUCCGUGCAGAACAGCAGUGAGUUGGGCAGCGCUGGAGAAGCGUUCAUGUGCUACGUGGAGAAAAUGAAGGCACUGGUGUCUGAGAUGAUGACGAACCUUUCAAGCAUUAUGCAAGAUCUAGUUGCAACCUCGGACGAGGGCCAGAGCAAGGGGAAGCUGAAGACUAUGAUCCUGGACUCCAAGAAAGAUUUUGCAAAUGCUCCAUCAGCCUUCGUCCUCUUGGCUAUUGCUUCGAUCAUGGUAGUUUUACUUAAGCGCGCGUAGGCCAUUUGCCCAGUCAUAAUGAUAAAAUAAUAAGGUAGGAUUCUUUGGUGUUCAGGACAUUCGGGUUCUUUUUUUUGGUCAGAUUUUUUUUUCUUCUCAGUUCAACAAGUAGUUGACUGUACGAAUGAAUCCUCGUAAUCGUGUUCACCUGAUACAUUGAGAGACAUCGCGAGAGCUUGAAGUCUUUGGUAUUGUAAAGUUUUCACUCUCCUUAUAAUAUAAAGCCAGCUUUUGCUGGAUCUUUCAGGAAAAA